AUGCAAUCAGCCCUUUCGCGACCCAUUUCCCGAGUGUUCAAUCCAUCAAUUAUCCGAUCAUUCUCAGUUGCUCCCGCUAUUAUGGCUGCCGGUGAUCUAGGGUCUCCCAAGUCGCGGGGUUUUAUGGCCGAAAAGGAUUCCUUUGCGCGACGUGAGGCCGCGCAAGAACUUAUGUAUAUUCGGGAGCAAGAGAUAGAGAAGGUUAAGCGUCUUCGGCAGAAGAUCAAGGAACAGCGCCAGCAUAUGGAUGAACUUGACAAACAUCUUGAGGAGUUCACCAACAGCCAGGGUGGUGAACAGAACUAA